AUGGGACAUCUGGUUUUCAGAGUGGAUAACUAUGCAUCAAAUGUGAGAAACGAAGUACUUCUUAUGGAUGCGGCAGGCCAACUUCUUCUUACAUUGCGGCGCAAGAGAUGGAGUUUUAGGAAGAGAUGGCAAGCAUACAGAGGAGAUCCAGUAGAGUCUGAUAAGCCCAAAUUUAGCCUUGCAAAGUCUUUGGGAUUUUCAAAUAAAACCACAGCCAGUGUAUUUGUGUAUGUAAGUAAGCAAAUUAAAUACUGCGAUUACCAGAUAGAAGGGUCGUUGUGCAAGUCGUUGUGCACAAUAUUGAAUAAAGCGGGAGAGAUCAUCGCGCAGAUUAAACAAAAGGAAGCCAAGUGUGACAUAAUGUUGGGAAAUGAUGUUUUGAGCCUGGUUAUCGACGCAGGAGUAGAUCAAGCAUUUGUAAUGGGGCUGCUCAUUAUGUUUAAUCAGAUAGGCUAA